AAUCGAACAUACACAGUUGUUUUGUUAUUAUUUGUUUAUUUUUCUUUUGUUUUAAGUAAAUAUGCUGAAGACACUCCUUGUGAAUUACCUGACGGGAGUGAAGGAAUCUGCUUCAACUUGGAGCACUGUGUUGAAGGGCCCGCAGGCAAAACUAUGAGAAAUAUUGUUUAUCCAAAGUUCUGUUCAAUGGACGUUUUCGUGCCUACAUUAUGCUGUAAACAGUGUAAAUCUGUGGAUAACUCCAGCGAACCAGAAGCUAUAAUGCGGGGGGCAGGUUUAGCUGGUGUAGUCGGCGGCUUCGACGCCGAAGGAUAUAAAUAUCGUCACAUGGCUCUGCUAGGCUAUGGAGAAGAUCCAAAGAAUGCGAUGUGGCUGUGUGCUGGCUCCAUCAUCAGUGACUACUAUAUCCUCACUGCAGCUCACUGCACCUCAAGUCCUAUCUCAGGUAUAAAAUUCGCAGCGCUGGGCGUACUGAGACGAACUGAUGACUUCCAUAUGUGGCAGAUAUAUGAUAUCGCGCAAGUUAUACCAUAUCCUGACUAUGAACCACCUUCUAUGUACGAUGACAUCGCGUUACUGGAGACCACGUCUAGAAUAAGAUACAACGCGGAAGUAGCCCCAGCAUGUUUGUAUAAGAGUCAUGACAUACCUGACAUCGCCGCGGCCGCCGGCUGGGUAGACCUCGCCAAUAAGCAACCCGUGCCUGAACACUUGCAAAUCGUGUAUAUGACAAAGUUCUCUGACGAGGAAUGCAGAAGACAGUUCCCACGACAUGAACAUCAUCUUCAGAAGGGCUAUGACAACGUCACUCAAGCUUGCUACGCGGAUAUUUAUAAUUUUGGAGAUACAUGUGAGGGCGAAAGUGGCGGGCCCCUUCAAGUAAAGACGGAAAACUCUAAGAAGUCAGUUUGUGAACACACUAUAUUUGGCAUCACGUCUUUCGGGAAGACUUGUGGAGCUGGCGUGCCAGGGAUGUAUACCAGGGUCUCACAUUACGUGCCCUGGAUCGAGAGCCAUACUAAGAGGCUGCCUUGAAAGACAUUAA